GAAGCCUAGAAAAUCUCCAGGUGUCCUCUAGGCAUCUGGAGAGGAAAAUAGGCAGUUCACAUUUCUCUCCUCAUAAAAAGAGUCCAAAAUUCUGGGUUUUCUACGCACUGCUGAAACUCCAGGUAAAGUCCUGCCCCACCUCUCCUCAGCUGAGUCCUUCAAGGCCGUUGGACUACACUACCCAUAACCCACUGUCAGCAGGGUCAACUUGGAGAAGAUCAGGUUGGGCCGCCCACCCGGAGGUGUUAAAGAAUCAAGGUUGGGAAGGUGAAGGCUCCUUGGGCAGCCUGAGGAAGGACGGGGGCCAGGCCAUAUAAGGCGCUGCUUCAAGAGGCCAAACCACUUCCCUGCAGCUGCAACAGCGAGGCCAGUCCUCAUGGCCCUCCUCGUGGCCUCCGGCAGCCCCUCCUGUGCCCUCCUGCUGCUGCUCCUGGCUUUUGCUCUCAAGGGGGAGACCUGGGCAGAGGCCCCUUCGGCCGGAGGGCCCAAGCUGCCAGGCCCUGGGCAGCAAAGGUUUCUGGACCAAGGCAGGGGAGGCAGGUUCCUCCUGAGUGGGGAGGGAAGCCCCACCACCAGCAGACAGCUGACAAGAGUGCGUGAGCCCCGAGACAAGACCAAGCCAGCCUGGCUACACAGCCCAUGCCCGCCCGCCCCUUGUGGCCAGCCCCCGUAUUGCCAGGCCUGGCUGCUCAAAGUGACUCUCCUGGGGGUGCUGGGACUUCUGGUCAUGGGGGGCAACGGGCUGGCUAUCGCGGUGCUGGCCUCCUCGGUGUCCGGCUGGAGCCACAGCAGCCGCUUCAUGCUGCUCUCGCUGGCUGCGUCAGAUGCCGCUCUGGCAGUCCUGGUGGUGCCCCUCAACCUCUACCGGAGCCUGGAGUUGGGCCCAGCGGCCCCCAAGGAGGCUGCCAGAGAAGAGGCCGUCUACUGCCGGGUGGUGGCCUUCAUCAACUCCAGCCUCUUCGGGGCCUCCCUCUAUUCCCUGGCUGGGGUCUCCCUGGAGCGUUAUGUGGCCGUCUUCUUCCCCCUCCACUAUGGCCGCCUCCUGAGCCCCAGGCGGGUGCUCUUGCUCAUCGCAGCCGCCUGGCUCCUGCCCGUCUUCCUCUUGGUGCCGCUGGCCAUCCCGGCCCCUGUGGCCGUCCUCCGGGUCCGCUUCUCUGCGGCCGCCCUGCUGUGUGAGCCGGACUAUGGUUCCAACCCCUCCUACUCCCUCUGGAUAGCUGGCACCAUCUUCUGCCCAGCUGCUGCAACCAUCGCCUUCACCAACAUGCGCCUCUGGCUAGUGGCCCGCUCGCAGCGCCAGCGUGGGAAGGACGGGAGCUGGCAAGGAAAGGCAAGGUGGCCCAAGAGGCUUCGGAUGCUCCAGCUGGACGCUGCUGCCCGAGUGCUGCUCCCGGUCGUCUUCGCCUUCUUUAUCUGCUGGGCCCCCUGCAUGGGCACCAUCGUGUACAACGCAAUCACCCAGGAAAGAGUCCCCGACUGGCUGGAAUUAGUUGCUCUGUGGCUCCCCAUUGGCAGUGGUUUCCUCAACUGCUUUGUCUACUUCUGGGUCAACAGGAACUUCCGGCACAAAGUCCAGAAGGUUGGGCAAAAGCAUUGCUUGACCUGCUGUCUACCUGAGCAGGACCUGCGGAGGCAGCCCCUCCCCAGCAUCUCUGCUCAGGUGAGGACGGAUUGUGAGCCUCCCGGCCUUCCCCCAGGUUGCUCCCUUGUUGCGUCGUCUUCCAGCAACGGCCUCCCUCUUCCUCGGCAUGGCUGA